AUGUCAAUUAAGGACGACACAAAGAUACUUUAAUAAUUUUUAAAGGAACUUCCUCACGAUAUCGCUGUAAAACACAUAAAGACUGUCAAAGCAGGAUCCAAAGUUGAAAAUGUUCAAAGCACAAGAGUAUUUAGAAGUACAAAACAAUUAGGUGCAGUAAAUGCGUAACUUCAUAACACUUUGAAAUAAUCAUCCAAUUCUUUAGGAGAGGAGGUUAUACAAGAUGUAAAGGAUGAAAUAAAUACACUAAUAUAAACACUAACACCUAAUUACUAACUUGGUGACAAACUUCAAUUGGUGGAUGGAAUUGAGAAAAUUAUUUUUGCAGAAGAUAAUACUCACAAAACCGAAAAGACAACCUUUUAAGUAGAAGAUGGUAUUGUUUAUUUGAUUGACUUAUGGGCUACAUGGUGUGGUCCAUGUUAAAAUCCAAUGGAACAUAAUUAAAAAAUGUUGGAAAAGAAUCCAGAUUGGUAGAAUAAGGCAAAGAUUAUAGCUAUCUCUGUUGAUGACGACUCUGAAUCAGUGAAAGAAAGAGUCAAUUCAAAAAAAUGGAAAUCCAUAGAACAUUAUAGAUUUGAGAAGGGAUGGGAUGACCAAAACGAUCUUAUUAAAUAUCUCUAACUCAGAGGAAUUCCAUUUGUUUUACUUGUAAAUAAGUGGGGAAAGAUUGUGUAUUUGGGACACCCUUCAAAAGGCAAUUUGGAAGAAAGAAUAAAUAAAGAAAUAGCAGCUGAAAAAGAAGAAGAAGAAUAAAAACCGAAUCAAGAAAAUGCAGCAGAAAAUAACAACCAAAAAGAAUUAUUGACUAAGGAAUAAUACAAAUAGUUAAAAGACAAAAUAAAGGAAUUAUAAACUGUUAUUACAGAUGCUUAAUUUGAUGGAAUCGUAGAAAUAUAAUUACAGAAAGAAAAUCAUUGGAUUCAUGAUGGAUCUAAAUAAGUUAAAAAGAGAUCUAAACUCGAACUUAGAUAUGAUGUUAAUGUUGCAGAAGAAGAGAAAAUUAAUGCAUUCCUUUAAAAUCAUUGGAAUCAAAUCUCAGAUGAUUUGAAAGUUGUAAAAGAAUCUAAAAUUAGAGAUCCUUAAAGAUAAAUCAAGGAAAUAAAAGCUAAAUUUUAAUCUCAUUUUGAAACCAAAGGCGUUACUAUUUCAUUCCCAACAACUUAAAUUUCAAGUUUUAGUUUGAGUUAAGAAAAAUAAGAAAUAACAGCUAGAGAUAGACAAAGAUUUACACUUAAAUGUGAAAAUCUCACCUUAGAUGCCUAUAAAACUGGAUUGGAUGAAUUGAGAGAAUACACAGAAUCAUUCGAAGAUGAUGAGAACUAAGGAAUUAGAGAAACCAUUGAAUCGAUUGUUGAAGGCUUAAAAUAAAAUGUUACUCUUGGGGAAGGUAAAUAAUUUGUCUCAAUUGACGAUUACAAGAAAUGGGGAUCUGAAGAAUUCACUACCAUCGCACACACUUAAGGUCAAGUCUUAGUUCUUGAUUAUUGGGCCAAAUGGUGUGGUCCAUGUGUUAGAGAAAUUGCAAAUAACACAGAUCUUAUCAAGGAAAACUAAGAAAAAUGGGGCAAUUCUGUUAGAUUUGUUUCUUUGAGUUUGGUCUUGGCAGAAGAAGCUAAAGAAUUUAUGGACUCUCAUCAAGAAAGCUAAAAAUAUAUUGAGUUUUAUUUCCCAAAAGAACAAAGAUAAAGGGAUGCAACUUUGUAUGGAGUUCAAUACAUUCCUCAUUACAUUAUUGUAGAUAAAUUCGGUACAAUUAGAAAUGUGGCUUCAGUCAGUAACAUGAAAGAAGUUGUCGAAGAUUUGAUAAAGGAAGAAGCUCCUAAGAAAUCUCUCGAACAAGCUGAGCCUAUAUUCCUAGGCUAAGAUUGUAUAAACCAAAUCAAAGACAUUCUCUAAAGUGAAGAAACAGAAGCUUUGAUAAAAUCAAUUGAUUAACAAAAAGUGAUCGCCUUUGAUCUUAAAAUCAAUUCCACUUAAGCAGAAGGAGACUAAUAUUAAAUUGAAACUGUUGAGCUCAAUUACUUUGUUAGAGACACUCAAGUCGAAAGUCUUAAAACUAUUUUGGCCAAGCUUUAUUAAAUCGUUCCAGAAACUAGAUGGAAGAUUAAUAAAACAAUUUCAAAGACCAUUACAGUUAAAUAUCCAGGAACUGUUUGUGCAGUGUGUUAAAAGGAUAUUUCAAAAGAUGCUUAAUAAUACUAUUGCUACUUUAAGGAUGAAAAUGUUUGCACAGAAUGCGCAGAAUUUGAUGAUCAAACUAAAAAUGGAAUGGAAAGAUAUAAAUAUCAGGAUUCUUUAAUAUUUAUUAAUGGCCCAUUAUCAGACCCAUCAGUGUUAACAAAUAUUGAUGAACACAAAAUUGGAAAGAACUUGAAGUUGAAAGAAGGUGAGAAAGCAGAAUAAAGUCAUCCUAUGAUGUGCAAUGGAUGUGGAGAAGGAGCCAAGGGUCCAAGAUACAUUUCUGUUACUGCUAGACCUGGAAGAUAUCGAGGAGGAGGUUAUAUUGACUAUUGUUGCAAAUGCUUUGCAGAGUUAAAAAAUAAAGACUCUGAUAAAGCUAAGGAAAUUGUUGCAAAGGAUGAAUCAGAUGGAAUGACUAUAGAUAGCUUAUUCACUAGAGUCCUAUUCAAUUAUGGAGGUUACCAAGCAUUUUGA